UCCAGCCAUUACUCCCAACAGAGUCCCCACCCGAACAUCUCAUCUCAACAUGGGAAACUUGGCGGACUGCUGCCGGAAUUUCUGGUGCCCCAUGAAGAACCCAAACGUGCGGAUCAGCCUGCCCGCGGUGUGCUUCAUCUGGCAGAUCGCUAUGAUCAUCUUGUUUGGACUCUUUGUGCGUUACAAUGAAGAAGCGGAUGCGCACUGGUCGAAGCACAUGCACGAGAAGAACAUUACAAGCCAUAUCGAGAAUGACUUUUACUUCCGAUACCCAAGUUUUCAGGACGUGCAUGUGAUGAUCUUCGUGGGUUUUGGUUUUCUCAUGACCUUCAUGAAGCGCUACAGCUUCGGCGGGGUCGGGUUUAACUUCCUCAUCGCGGCGUUCGGCCUCCAGUGGGCUCUGCUCAUGCAGGGCUGGUUCCACUCGCUGGACCCUGCUGAUGGGGCGAUCAAGAUCGGAAUUGAAAACCUCAUCAAUGCCGAUUUCUGUGUCGCCGGAUGUCUCAUUGCAUACGGAGCUCUCCUGGGAAAAGUCAGUCCGGUCCAGCUGAUGGUCUUGACGCUGUUCGGAAUCACUUUGUUUGCGGUGGAAGAGUACAUCAUUUUGCAUCUUCUCCAUGUCAGGGAUGCUGGCGGUUCGAUGGUCAUCCACACAUUUGGAGCAUAUUACGGUCUAACCAUAUCGUGGAUCCUUUAUCGACCGAAACUGAAGCUCAGCAGCAGCCUUAACGGCUCUGUCUACCACUCCGACGUCUUUGCCAUGAUUGGAACCCUCUUCCUCUGGAUGUUCUGGCCCAGUUUCAACUCGGCUAUCUCAGAUCAUGGAGACGGUCAACACAGGGCGGCCAUAAACACUUAUCUGGCCUUGGCUGCUUCUGUUCUCACCACGUUUGCCAUCUCUAGUCUUUCAGCCAAGAAGGGAAAGCUGGACAUGGUGCAUAUCCAGAAUGCCACCCUGGCUGGAGGUGUCGCCAUGGGAACGGCAGCCGAGUUUAUGAUCACAACUUAUGGCUCGCUGAUAGUUGGAUUCUGCUGCGGCAUCCUGUCGACUUUCGGCUACCUGGUGCUCACGCCAUUUAUGGAAAAGUAUUUGAAGAUUCAAGAUACCUGUGGCAUCCACAACUUGCAUGCCAUGCCAGGUCUCCUCGGAGGAGUUGUGGGGGCCCUCACAGCGGCAUUAGCCAGUGAGAGUGUAUACGGACGUGAGGGGUUGAUAAACACCUUUGAUUUCGAGGGGAAGUAUGCAGACAGGACACCUGCCACGCAGGGAGGUUACCAGGCCGCUGGUAUAUGCGUAGCUCUUGCUUUUGGAAUCGUAGGCGGCAUUAUCGUAGGUUGUAUCCUGAGGUUGCCAAUUUGGGGAGACCCAUCAGAUGAUAACUGCUUUGAUGAUGAGGCGUAUUGGGAGUUACCUGACGAGGAAGAGAGCCUCCCCCCUAUUCUCGAGUACAAAAAUCACACGAUCGGCAAAAUCCCAGAGAUGUCGGAGAUGAGCUACACGGUGGAGCAGAGCUGAUUCAACAAUGAUGCUCAGAGAUCCCCCGACUGACUCUUUUUAAGGAUGAAGUGAAUGCUCUGAUCUGUUCUGUACUGCAAAGAUUCAGUUCAAUGUUAUAUUUCUGCUUUUGUAAGUUAAGGAGGCCGUGAAGGCUACAAGGUUCAGCUCUUCGUUCAAUUCCUGUGCAUAUUAGAGUCCUAAAAUUAAAUCACUCCGAAAGAAUGGAAUAAUAUAUUGUAGUUUAUUUUUGCUGCUCUAAGUUGAUGAAUUGAUUUGUUUUGAUAAUAGUGUUAAUAGUUAAGCCUGUUUAUCUAUAGCUAUUUCAGUUGAUUAUGUACAUUAAUAUGUAAAGAUAUUGUCGAAGUUUGUUUGUUAUUUUUUCUACAGUAAAUGUGUUGUUAAAUGUGUUUUUCCUUAUAACCUCAAGCAUUUUUACAUAUAAUGUAUAAAACAACCUUUACACUGCUUGAAUCUAUGCUUGCUUUCUAAAUGUUAAUUUAGUUCCUUUUUUAAAACUUUCUAUCAAAAGCUGUAUAUUACAUCUAUAUAUUGU